AAAAUAUAAACAUAACGGAUUUAUAAAUCUAUAUAGGAAUUUUCGCAAACUGGUGUUAAAUCUCUAGGAGCCUUGAUCAGCCCGAUGGCGCUGUCCAACGUGCUUAUUCUGAGUCAAGUGGCAGGGCAUGUAAUUGCCUUAAUCUUAUCAAUAUGCAUUUUCAUCCCGCUUUCGCUUCAUAUGCAUUCCUUCAACGGCCAUUGUUUGCUUUUUGCUACCGGCCAAUGGCAGGAGACGAACGGGCUUUUUGAUGUUAAAUGGGCUUCGGAAGCCUACUGCAAUUAUCCGGGCACGGUGGGAGUAAUACUCUUUUUCAUUUCUGGAAUACAAAUCUAUCGAUUUGCCUAUCUGGUGUACCGGGAACUGGAGAGUUCUUUCUUAGCUUUGUUCUUCGAUGUCGUAUUCAGCGUUAGCCUGUGCAUUAUGACAAUUAUUUCGGCUAUUAUGAUCACACUUGGAUUUAUUGCUUGGUGUGGCGAAAUGACGGAACGUUUUCCUUCAUGCGCGAUUGCUGACGGCCAGAACAUCACGAAUCCUGAGCUGAACGUUCAAACGUCUGGGUUCUACAUCGAAUUGGGAACUGUACAAUUUGGAGCUUGGGCUUCGUUUGCAACCUGGGUAGGUCUGUCGGUCUUUGCUCUAUUGAAACUAAUAAACAACCACCAGCUGAGAAAUAUGAAGGUCUCCAUGUACAUCGAGCGUCAGCGGCUCGUAAACGAAGAUGUCUACAGGGGCACAACUUCGGAGAUACCGGCUGGAUCGGGCGACUCGAUUGCAGAGUCUACGAACGACAACCAGUAAGAAUACUAGGCCAAACUUUAAAAUUCAAGAAAUUCUUAAUAUUCCAAAAGAUUUGGAUUUGGAAGGUAUUCCAAACAAGCUUGGCUCGAAUGUAACAUUCAAACGAUCAAUUAAAUAGGUAUUAUCUGUUAGCGUUGAAAUUAUUGUCAUGUCAACUAUUUGACAUUGAUAACGUGUCGCGCGAAAAGUUUUGUUGUACAAAAUUAUAUCUUAUCUUUUUCCAAUUGGCAUAUUAUGCUUCGUAUAGUUAUUUUGUAACUUAUGAUAUUCAAUCAAUAAAUUUGAUU